AUGUUCUCUUGCUGUUUUAAGGCUACCCCAGGCUCAGAGCCUAAGAAAGACAAGAGUGAAGGCCGUGGUGGUGUCUGGAAACAUCGAGUUCACUCUUGCCUCCAAUGCCUCUGGCCAUUUGGCGGGAAAGAAACAAACCUGACCCAGGGCAGCCAUGUCCAGGACCACAAAGACCAGGUUGAGAAGGAGUCUGCCCCAAAGGUCCAGGAGGGGUCCUGUAGAGAGUCCCGCAUCAGUGCAGUUAUGGUGGCAAGACUGGUAAACCACCUGGUGCCUUCCCUGCAGGGUGGGGACCCCUUCUUCGUCCCAGCCUUCCUGUGUAUCUAUCAAAGGUUUGCCACCACCCAGCAGGUGCUGGACCUGCUGUUGGAGCGGUAUGCACACUUGCGCCUUUUUUGUGAAGAGGAUGAACAGAUAAAGAAAACCAUCUGUACAUUUCUGGAUACAUGGAUGGACAAGAAACCUGAGGAAUUUUGCCAGUCUUCAGCCCUGACCAUUGUGAAACAGAUGAAGAACUUCUUGGUUGUGAACAUGCCCUACUCGGAUCUUACUGUUCGUGUCCGUAUGCUCCUGACCCAUUUGGAGGAAGAAGAGGCCACUGGAUCAGAGGCCAAGAAUGAAGAAGCCUCGGGUAGCAGUGCCAUUUUAGGGUCUGAUGUGGACAAAUUACAAUGUCAUGAGAUCCCUGAUUUCCACGAGUACAAGCUGUGUGUGCAUAUCCACCAUUGCCCAUAUUCGGUACUUUAUUUGAAGAGUGAGGGUCUGGAGUUCUCAGGAGUGUUUCAUGCUACUGAUGAUGGUUAA